AUGGCUUUGCCUAAGAGGAUCAUCAAGGAGACCGAGAGGCUCAUGGCCGAACCUGUCCCUGGAAUUAGCGCCGUCCCGCAUGAAGACAACCUCCGAUACUUUGACGUUGAGAUCCACGGUCCUUCGUCCUCUCCGUACGAAGCAAAAGCUUACAGGAUACCAGACAACUGGUCCCCUGCGUUACAGAUUCGGACCAUUCUGCUGUCCAUUCAAGCCCUGCUCGGCGCUCCGAACCCAGAUGACCCACUAGCUGCCGAUGUCGCCAAGAGUUGGAAGGAGGAUGAAGCUGGCGCCAUUGCCACAGCGAAGGCCUGGACGCAGCAAUACGCGGUUCCGAAAUAG